AUGGUCUACCUGAAGAACCUGACAGCUGCUGACUUCCUGCUCUGCCUCUGUUUGCCACUGCGGAUAAUCCACUAUGCCAGCAGCUCUGGCAUUGUUUACAUACUCCACUGCAGCAUUGGAGCUACUUCACUGUACCUCAACAUGUACACCAGCAUCCUUUUCAUGGGGUACAUCGCUGUUAACAGGUAUCUGAAGAUCAUUCACCCUUCAGGAACUCACAUCCUGCAGACAGUACGAACUGCCCACAUCAUCUCCACGGUCACCUGGGUUUGUCUCUUGGCUCUAACAAUCACCUACAACAUUAUGUUUUUCAUCACUCACAAUCCUCUGACCUCUGACCGCUGCUACUGUGGGCACCUCUUCAGUACAUCAUUCAGUGUCCUUCAUAAAGCAUUCCAGAUCAGUUGCACCAUCAUCUUCCUCUUAGUCUUCAUAUCCCUGGUUUUCUUCUACUACAGCACCUCCCGCAGGGUGUUGCAGGCACACCAGAGGCAGCUGGCCUCCUCUGGCUCUGAGAAGCUGGUGAAGUCUCGUAGAAACAUGUUGGUGCUGGUCAGCAUCUUCUGUGUUUGCUUUGUCCCCUACCACCUGGCUCGUGUUCCCUAUGCUUUUCUGUGGAAGAGCUCUGUGGGCCGGCUAUUAUACUACCUGAAGGAGGUGGCCACCAUGGUGUCAGUUUUCAACGUCUGUCUGGACCCUCUUGUUUACUUUUUCCUCUGUAAGACUUUUCGGGCCCACGUGAGAAAGGCGUCCAGGAGAGUCAACAAUCCAAACAAACAAACCAGGAGAGUGAGAGCAGCAACAAGCCAAACCAAUGAGCUGUAA